CCUGCCUAGCUGCCUUUCGGGAGCAAGGGGGAAGAGUUGCUUACUGAUUGGCGCGUUCCGUUUGGCGCCAACUAGGAAAGGGGGGCGGGGCAGCGACUGUCUACUAAGCAAUUACCGCGAAAGGCCUUCUCCCGAGAGACAGCGGCCCGGGAGGGAGGUUGCCGGCGCCCGCCCGCCCGCUGGCCUCGCGGGGUGAGGGGGAAGCAACCUUGCGUGUGGCUGGCGCCUGCUGGGUCCGGACACCCGCCCGUCCGCGCCGCUUCUCCCGCGACAGCCGCGUCCCUGAACCGCGGGGUCGUGUUUGUGUUUGACCCGCAGGCACCGGCGGCGGGGCUCGCGGCCCAGGCCAGCGGCGGCAGGGCGGGGCGGCGCGGCGGAGGAAGAGGGAGCGGGAGCCCCGGGAGGCCGGGCGCCGCCAUGGAACUGGGCCCGGAGCCCCCGCAUCGCCGCCGCCUGCUCUUCGCCUGCAGCCCCACUCCUGCGUCGCCGGUCGAGAAGACGCUGUUCGGCACGCCAGCCGCGGGGGGCCUGUCGCCUGUCACCAACCUGACGGUCACCAUGGAUCAGCUGCAGGGCCUGGGCAGUGAGUACGAACAGCCGCUGGAGGUAAAGAACAGCAGUCUGCAGAGAAUGGGCUCCUCCGAGUCAACCGAUUCAGGCUUCUGUCUAGAUUCUCCUGGGCCCUUGGACAGUAAAGAAAACCUUGAAAAUCCCAUGAGGAGGAUACAUUCCCUGCCUCAGAAGCUCUUGGGGUGUAGUCCCGCUCUGAAGAGGAGCCAUUCUGAUUCCCUUGACCAUGACGUCUUUCAGCUGAUGGACCAGGAUGAGAACAAGGAAAACGAAGCCUUUGAGUUUAAGAAGCCCGUAAGACCUGCGUCUCGAGGCUGCCUGCACUCUCACGGACUUGAGGAGGGUAAAGAUCUCUUCACACAGAGGCAGAGCUCUGCCCCGGCUCGGAUGCUUUCCUCAAGUGAAAGAGAUGGCAGUGAGCCAGGGACCUGCAUCCCGCUGUUUAUGCCCCAGUCGCCUGUGACUGCCACGUUGUCUGAUGAAGAUGAUGGCUUCAUGGACCUCCUCGAUGGGGAGAACCUGAAGAAUGACGAAGAGACCCCGUCCUGCAUGGCAAGCCUGUGGACAGCUCCCCUCGUCAUGAGAAGGACUACAAACGUGGGCAAUCGAUAUCAGCUGUUCGACUCCACCUCCCCGGGCAGCUUCGCCGCACGGUCGGUGUUGAAAAGGCCAGACCGGUCCCAAGAGGAGUCCCCACCUGGAAACACAAAGCGGAGGAAGAGCACGGCUUGGGCCGGUCCCGAAGAGGCGGCGAGUCCAGGGAAGCCCCAGGAGAUUCUGCAUCAGUCUGUGUCCCUUGUGUCUUCCUCAAAAGGGACCAUUGAGAACAUUUUGGAUAAUGACCCGAGGGACCUUAUAGGAGACUUCUCCAAGGGUUAUCUCUUUAAUACAGUUGCUGGGAAGCAUCAGGAUUUAAAAUACAUCUCUCCAGAAAUUAUGGCGUCUGUUUUGAAUGGAAAGUUUGCGAACCUCAUUAAAGAGUUUGUCAUCAUCGACUGCCGGUACCCGUAUGAAUACGAGGGAGGCCACAUCAAGGGCGCGGUGAACUUGCACAUGGAGGAGGAGGUCGAAGACUUCUUACUCAAGAAGCCCAUCGUGCCUGCCGACGGCAAGCGUGUCAUCGUGGUGUUCCACUGUGAAUUUUCCUCCGAGCGAGGCCCUCGCAUGUGCCGCUACGUGCGAGAGCGCGAUCGGCUGGGCAACGAGUACCCCAAACUCCACUACCCUGAGCUGUACGUCCUGAAGGGCGGGUACAAGGAGUUUUUCCUGAAGUGCCAGUCUCACUGCGAGCCCCCCAGCUAUCGGCCCAUGCACCACGAGGACUUUAAAGAAGACCUGAAGAAGUUCCGCACCAAGAGCCGGACCUGGGCCGGGGAGAAGAGCAAGAGGGAGAUGUACAGCCGCCUGAAGAAGCUCUGAGGCCGGCGGGGCAGGCGGCGGCGGCCUGAGCCUCCUCCGUCCUCCACCCCUUUUUGCUGCAGAGAAACCUGAGCGAAGGGGCCGGCUCGGUGACGUCGGAGAGAGAGCCUGGGCUUCCCGCCUCCACCCUCACUUUCCACACUCCCAGGGUCAGAGCCCAGCGCACCCUGCGGGCUGCGCCCUUUCGUCCCUGCGUCGGGGCUGCCUCCCCAGGCUGUCACGUGCCCAGUUUUGAGCGCCGAGAGGACUCACCAUCUGCCCCUUCGUCCCCACGGCUGGAGAACCUCCUGGGGCAUCACUGGGUCCCGCCCCUCCGUGAGGGGGGGGCGAGGCGAGGGGGUGCCGCGCAACAGCGGAAGCGCUGCCGGUCAGACACCAAAGACGGCCUGGGAAGGACGCAGCCCGUGUGGGGGAACCCGUGCCUUUAAUUUAUUCAACCUCAUCAAUCACUUUAUUUUUUUUUUUAACUCCUGGAAACUUUUAUUUAACUGCUCUUUAAGUCAAAAUACUGCCAUUUUAUCAUCCCAAGGACUACCUCUGCUUUUAAUUAAAAAGGGGGGAGAAGAGGCCGAACGGGAGUGUGGGGCAGGAGUAGCGCUGUCACCCCCACCCCCGGGAGGCACUGCGGUGCGGGGGCUGCCGCUAUUUAAAGCCAAAGACUGAGACCGCGGUGGGAGCGGGCCCUGGACUCGGCCUUCCUGCCGGGCGGGAGCUAGGGCUCCAGGACCUCCCUCGAAGACCCCCCCCUCAGGUCUGUCGGGGGCCGGGUGAGAGCCCGCUCCUGCCGCAGUUCCCUGUGAGGGCGGCCGGCGUAGGAGUGGCUGCGGACAGCACUUCAGGCAGCUUCCGUGGGGCUCUCCCCACCCCCACCCCGGUGGUCAGUGUUGGAACGUGGUAGCGUAGGUGUCCCCAACUAGGGAGACUGGGCUGGGGGCGGGAAAUAUGCACUGAGUGUUCUAUUACUCUGGUACUCCUGGUAGCUUUUGAUUUUCUAAAAAUAGUGACGUUAUCCGUCAAGGAGUAUCAGAUCCGUGUUGGCUGGCCCACCCAAGGGCCAGGCGAGCGGCUGGAGGCCCUGGGCUUCAGGAGAAGGACGCGGGUGCGGGCACAGCGAUGACUGGGGUGUUUCUCAGGAGGCAGUGUGGUGGAUUGUGAAGGUAGAACUCCCUGAGUGUAUCAUGUUUUAAUUUGAGGGGCAGGGAGUGGUGGGUCGUCACCAGUGGCUUCCUCCUCCAACCCCGUGGAAGCAGGGGGUCUCCAGGGAGCGCCUCCCAUCCGCGGAGCGGGGGCCGCCUUCACUGAUCCGGACAGGCCUGUUUGGUUCUGCUCAUCCCCACCGACCGGCGCCAGCCCCCUCGCCAUCUCUGCGCCCUUGGGUGCAGCCAAGUUCGCCCCGUGCACAGGAGUGAGUCCCCCUCCUGCCUUGGCUUCCUGCUGUGGAGCUGGGGAGGGAACCAGCGGCGCUGGAGCUGACUGGUUGCUGUGUUCAUGGGUUUGAGUUGCAUUUGGCCGUAAAACAAUCUUGUUAGUACAUGGGGAACGGUGGGAGAGGGAGAAGACCUAUGCCCCCCACACACUGAGAGGUCGCAGUUGGUCUGUGUGAUCUGGUCUGCAGGGGUUCUGUUGGUCGAAGGCCUGGAAGGGGAGGUGGAACGCCGUUCAGAUUGUGCCGCCCUGAGUAGCAUUGCUAACCGGCUGUCGCAGGCUCUGAAAAUAAACCGCCAGUCCUGAACCCAUGCUCUCUGCCUAACUCGUGAUUCGAAGGGAAUCAUUUCCCUCUGCGGCUCCGGGACUGCACUCGACUGAAGCUGGUGGCCAGGGCAGCCACGUCUCCUCAGUGGCCUCCCGGGACGGCUGGAAUGACCUCCAGCGACAGUCCAGGAACAGUCUAAGCUGAUUCAGACCAACUUGCAUGAUGAAAGAGCGACAGCAGCAGCUCGCCUGAACCACUGACAUUUCCUUACAAAACCUCAGUUCCUAUGGAUUAAGCACCAGGCCAGGGGGACCCUGAAGGGUGUAGGAGUGUCCGCUGUGUUCUGGGAGCCGGAGAGGCUACCGCAGAAGGACACAGGGCCAGAAGCCCGGGCGUGGGGCCCUGGGGGCGACCGCCGGAGCGGACAAACGCCAGAGCGUGCACAUGUCUUCGGAAAGGGGUGCCUGGGGUAGGGAAGAACUCGCGUUCCUUCCAAUGUGUUUCAAAUGCUCCAUAAAUGGAGCAAAGGCUAAACUCUAAAAUAUUUCACCCACGGUCCCACCUCAAGUCAAACUGCGUUUAAACACGGUGUCCCCUUCUGAUUAGCAUCUACGGUAGAGGCAUUAUUCCAGCCUUUUAAAUGCAUAAUGUGUAAGGAAAGGAAGUUGCCUGUAUUACCGACCGAUUCCCGGUGUUACUGUGUGUGUGUUUCUGUGCGGUGAAGGCUUGGAGGAGAGAACGGGUCCCCAGAAUGCUAGAAGGGCUAGCUGCCCUUCAGCCGGCACCCACUUCCUCUCCCGCAAGGCUUGUUAGGCCUUCCAAAGAGACUGCAUGGCUAAGCAUCCCUGCCCUACUCCAGCCAGCUCUUGUCACAUUAUUUUUGAAAGCACUGUAUAGUGAUGGCUUCUUUUAAAAGAUUUUAUUUUAGAGAGGGAAGGGAGGGAGAAAGAGAGAAUCAAUGUGCGGUUGCUAGGGGUCAUGGCCUGCAACCCAGGCAUGUGCCCUGACUGGGAAUCGAACCUGCGAUGCUUUGGUUUGCAGCCCGCGCUCAAUCCACUGAGCCACGCCAGCCAGGGCAGAUUAAAGAGUUUUGAUUAGUUUGUCCACAUAAACUCAGUUUUAUGGUGGAAAUAGAUAAAUAUCUACUUGUAGUUAAUAUCUGUGCAUACUUAAAAGCACAUCUAAAAUGUUAAUUUAGAUAUGCUGCUUUUUCUCAGUCUUUCAAAAUAAAAUUUUAAAUUCUUCAA